AGACCGCCGACCGCUCCCUCGCCGCGUUCCCGAUUGACAGCGCCCCGUUGCCACCCCUGACGAAAUAAUGCGAGCGAAGCGCAUCGAGGAGGAGACGCGCUUCAGACUGCUAAGGUACACGCACCGCGCCAAGUGUCGCAAGAUCAUUUAGUCGGGGCAUCGGAGAUCAUUGAGAACAGACUGACGGAGGAGGAGACUGACACCGUAACCAACUCUCUCACCAACACCACCACCACCACCACUACCACCAAAACCACCUGGCUGUGAUUUCAUAACAUUCGACCCCCAUCAACGAUCCAUCGAACCUCUCUAGUGUUUGCUCGCGUGUGCGUUCGAGACGAGUGACAACACAACCAAUAAUCAUUAAUCGAAGCGGACACAUUCGGCGAGAAUACAGUGCGAAAUUCGGUGAGAUCGUGCCGCGGCUCGUCGUGAUCCGCCCGCGGACAGGAUCGCAGGAUCUUCGCUCGAUCCCAAAGGAAUUGGAGGAGACGGCUCGGCGAGGACGUUUUUCGGUGCCGGAUUCUGCGGACUUGUUUUGCGGCAGCUUCCGCGAAGCUGCGGGAAUUGUUUUUGCUCGGGAGAAGUAAAGCCGCGGAUCUAGGAGUUCCGCAGCGUGGAUCAUCGUCGGAGCUCCUUGGAACGGAGCCAUCUUUGUUAGCGUUUGGACGACAAGAUUUUUGCCGAUUCGGCGACUCGAGGAAAAUUUGAAAGUGGAAAUCUAAAGUCUGAAUCCAGUAGACUUCUAAUUUAAGAGGAACAACCGGCGCUCAAGUAUCAUUUUAUUUUUUCCUUUUUUCGAAGCUAGAACCGUAGCUGGUUAAGUGGUGCACCGUUUUAAUAAGAUUUCCGCAGUGUUUGUGGAUUGUCGGAGGAUUGAUUCCCCGUGGAAUUGGAGCGAAGGGUCGAGGUGUCCGAGAUCCGGGGAUCUCUCUGAAUUCGCCGCAAGGUGAAAUUAAGUAGAAAUCUGAAUAAUUGGCAAAGGGGACCGUGGAGGAUCAAUCGGGAGGGAUCCCACGAAAACACUCGGGCGAAAGCAACCAGGCGGUACUUAAAGGAUCCCGGUCCGGAGGACACGGAGUUAAGCCAAAUUAAAAGGACCUCGGGACACGUAAUCUAGUGAUUUCCGAGUCGGAGAUACCGAAAGCAAUUAAUAACUAGCGAACCUGCGAGAGAAUUCGGCGAUAGAACCAUUGUUAAACGUUUACAAAUGACUCGUAAAAUAAAAUUUCAUUUCGUAAAAUAAAAGCAAAUUCGAAACUUGAGAGGCACUUAAUAUUCAGGACAUGAAAUUCGAAAGAUACGUUAUUCUUAUCAGUGUCGAGGCAAGAGAACGUACCAUAGACCAUAAAAUAAAUCAUUGAUAAAAACGCGACUACAAAAAGGUCGAAAGCACACAGCUAAAUUAUUAUUAUUAUUAAACAUUUACAAAAAGUUCUGAAGACUUCGUAAAAUAUUCGAUGCUCGUAGAAUUCGUGAAACUGUUGUGAACGUCGAAUCCAAGAGCAGCUUCGCGGCUUUUGCCAGUGUCGGAGAAAAAAAAGAAAGAGUCGGUGUCGAGUGGAUAAGAAAGCACGGUCGGUGACAAGAGAACAAUAGAAACUCGGCAAGUUUGUCGAACGAGUGUCGAAAUCGCAGGAACAUAAAAUUGAAUAACUUGUCAGGAUCGUUGCGAAGAGGAUCGAGGGGUAGAAACAGGGUAGAGGUAAAAAAAAAAUGUCAAGAGGACCGUAUGCCCGGGAUCGAAGCUCUGCCAUCGAUUUCCCACCCCUGGCGAAGGGUUGACGUUCGAAAAGAGUAUUCGGGGAUCAACGACGCGUCCCGGGACGGCCCGAAAGAGAUAAUAAAAGAGUGUGCUCUCUGCACCGAAUCUGGGGUGCUCGUCGUGAAGCUAGACACCGAGGGGGAUGGUUUAAGGUUCGAGGGGUUGCUCUAUCCUCGAGCCGGAACCUCGACGGUGAAAGAACCGAGCGGCUGAAAAGGCGAAGAGCAAUCAAAGCGAUACAGAGAAAAAGGGAACUCCAUAUUUAACUUGAACUCCGUAGGGGUGGUUUUAGAAUUGAAGAGGUGUGCAGUCGAGAAACUGAGAACGCGCGGAGACAGAAAUUCAUAGUUAACUAAGAAAUCACGGGAAGUUGGUUCGUGUUUCAUAGUGUUCGAAGAAGCCGAGGGAGAGGGAAGGAGAAUUUCAGCAGCGGAAGAAAUAAAAUCGGAGAUUUGCUUGGAAGUCUCGAGUGGUGGACCGGCUGCAGUUGAACGAAGUUAUCGGAACUAAAAGACUCGUUGGAAUGAAUAAUUACGGUGUCGUACAUGUGAAAGUUUAUUGGUAAGACAUUGUUGAAAGUGUGAAUAUUUUUAAUCGAUUAUCGUCGGAACAGAAAAAUUAAUUAAAAGAGUGGACCACCGAGAAGAAUAAAAAUUCGAGAUUUAGUAAGAAAUUCAGGGGUGGAUUUAGACAUUGGCGUGGUUCCGAGCGUCUACAAUUAAGGGAGAGAUUAUCCGAGACAAGGAGGCACACAUUGAAAAGUAAAAGAAGAUACACCGAAGGCAUUUCGGAGACAGAAGAAAUAAAAUUCAGGGAUUAACGUGAAACGAAAGGGUUGUUUUGGACUCGGGAAUAUUCAAAACGCGGAGACCAAAAUAAAUAGCACGCAUUGAGAAGGAUAUUUCGACCGAGCAAAAGGUACGAGUGAAAAAUUUGCCGAAAGGGUGGCUCGGAGAAAUUCGCACGGACGAGAAAUAAAAUCGAAGGUCCACCAGGGGAUGGAGGUUUGGUUUCACAACACGAAGGAUCGACAACCAGAACGGCCGGAACCCGAAAAUAAACGUUAAAAUCGAAAAUCGAACAUUUCCAAAAGCGAUAGGACAAAAAUCGCCGAAGGUGUGGUUACAUCCCCGAGAAGGGUGCGGGACGAGUCGGAGCUGCCAGGAUAAAAUAACCGGAUCAAAAUCGGGGAAAAAUCGAAGAAGCCGCGGCAAAGUGCAAGCGACACAUAGAGGGAACGCGGUCGCGGGCCAAAGGGGUUGUAAGAGGGUGGGGUAGGAAUGAUGGAAGGGAAACGAGGAUCGAAUGAGCAGCGUCAGCGUGUCGGAUCGUUCUCCCCGACGCAGUGAGGAUCGCGGACAGGGAAAUGGGAGCGGCGAUCGAGUUCGAGCAACGAUAUACCGGAUCGAUGCCGCGGUGGUGGAAUGAAUGAGCGGCUCACGGGGGUGGCGAGCCGGAAGUCGACGCUCCGCGGAUUCGGAACGGGUCCCGACGGCUCGGCGGCCUGUCAAAACAUCCGGGGCCGAGGCGAGAACCGAGUUGGAAGGGGCGGCACGUACCUGCGGGGAUGAGGGUUAAUGAGGGACCGGGAUUGGACCGGUGAAAUAAUUGGCUUUGGAAGUAUGCGCGAGCCGAAGAAGAAAUUAGCGGAGGAAGGGGCUGCUCGGCAUAGAUUCUCGCGAAGGGGGUGGGGAGCCACGGGGGUGGUCUUUUCGCGGACACUCGUGCGGUCCACGCGUUAGAAACGAAUCGAAGUGUCUACGACCGAGUGUGAAUCUUCCUGGUGUACACUGUGGUUCCUGUGAAGUGAAUUGGCGUAGCGAGACGAAUGAGGACUCGUCGAGGUGCGAACCUAACGGCGGAUGCGAUUGUUCCGAAGGAGUACAGAGUGUAAUUAAAACGGUUCAUCCGGUGUUUCGAUUUCAGCCGCGACAUAUUCGAACGAUCGGGAGUUCGGUGAAGUGCAGUUCAGUUCGAUAAUGAGUUCCGUGUGAGCGACCGCGUUGUCGAGACGAUAAGGGGGAGCGCGGCGACCGGAAGUGUCCACGGUCCUCGGUUCCCAGCGAGUGCUUCGACGUUGUCACGGCGUCUGCGACUGACGAAACGAGAAAGACUGAUAAACGUUGGACUCCCGUCUCCGGUUCAUCCGCUGGAAGAAGACAGACGGCGGAGUCCCGCGGACGCGGUUCGAUCGAUCGAUCGAUCGGAGCUAAUCCGUGAAUCUUGGGAGCCUUCGUCCGCUCCGCGAGCUGGUUUCCUCUCGGACAGAAGGAAGGCGACCCGGCGAACGAGCGAGAUAAAAAGAGCGUAGGAGCAGCCGUGUAAAUAGUUGAUUCGCGAUUAAGGGGAGGAAGGAGAACAAGGACUGCUCGGAGAAGGAACUAGUCAACGGGAGACGGAGAAUAGACUGAAAACAAGUAUCAAAUUAAAGCGAGUAUUUCGAGAUUAAGUUUACGAUUAAACAAUAGCUAGCUGGCCAGAGGUGGCUCAGGCCAGGAGAAGCGAAUUACGGUCCUCGGCGAAGGAGGAAAGGCAAAGAGCACCGGAGAGGACCGAAGAGGACUGAAGAGGACUGAAGAGGACUAAAGAGGAAAGGCCGAGGUGUCUUUCGACAGGGCCAAAUGAGUCCUCCAUCGGCAACCAUGACCCAGGUGAUCCGCUGACCAAUAGCAGCCCGGUAGCAAGUCGGUCGAGAGAUGGGGACGAUGCAGGUGGUUCGAUGGUGUCCUUCGCGAUCCGUUGCCCGGCCAUUCGAGUCCUCGUUCAACCGGAAGCCCUUCGCCGCCCUUGGAGAGGAUCGUACGGACGCGGCAGAGGAGCUUGCCAAUUAAAAUGCGAGAACUGAACGCCACCGCAUGCGCUGCUUUGUACGAGCGCGUCGAGUGGUCUAGCCCCUGGAACCUGAUUACCCUGAUCGUCCUAGCGAUCGUGAACGUGAUGGUGGUGCUAGGUAACGUGCUCGUCAUCCUGGCUGUCUACCACACCAACAAACUCAGGAACGUGACCAACAUGUUCAUCGUGAGCCUCGCCGUUGCCGAUCUCAUGGUCGGUCUCGCUGUUCUACCUUUCAGUGCCACGUGGGAGGUCUUCAAGGUCUGGAUAUUCGGUGAUCUAUGGUGUUCCGUCUGGCUGGCGGUGGACGUAUGGAUGUGCACGGCAUCGAUAUUGAAUUUGUGCGCCAUCAGCCUCGAUAGAUACUUAGCGGUGACCAGGCCAGUCAGUUAUCCUCAGAUAAUGUCGCCGAAGAGGGCCAGACUUCUAGUCGCCACCGUCUGGAUCCUGAGCUUCGUGAUCUGCUUCCCGCCCCUGGUCGGCUGGAAAGACAAACGGGUAAUUAGACCGAUCCCCGAAAAUUGCCAGGCCGAUAACGAAGCUGUCUCUCGAUUUCCUUAUCAUAUUGUUCCGCAGUCGCAUCCUACGUACAACGUGACGUUCGCGCAAAACGGCCCUUUCAACACCACCACGAUCCUGGUCCCGGUGAAACCGUGUCCCUGGAUCUGCGAGCUGACCAACGACGCCGGCUACGUUGUCUACAGUGCCCUGGGCUCCUUCUAUAUACCGAUGCUGGUCAUGUUGUUCUUCUACUGGAGAAUAUACAACGCGGCUGUAUCCACGACGAAGGCCAUUAAUCAAGGCUUCCGCACGACAAAGGGCUCGAAAACUUUCGGCUCCAGAUUCGACGAACAAAGGAUGACCUUGAGGAUGCACAGAGGCCGGGGCAGCGUCCACAACGGCGGCAGCAGCAACAACGGUAGCCCGAGGAGCCCGGAGUCGAACAGCCGUAGCUCGGUGAAAAAGGAGAAGAUCAAGAUCUCGGUCUCCUAUCCGAGCACCGAGACGCUGAAUACAAAGUGUAACACUCUCGAGAGGACGCCCUCGAGAUGCUCUCAAAUCUCGGUGCAUUACAGUAACGGGCAGACGCAAAGCCAGCUUUGCCCGACGCCUAGGAGCUCGCAUCUCAAGGUGAGCGGGAUCAAUAGAGUAGGCAGCACCAGGAAGCCCAGUAGAAAAAGUAGUUGCGAGAGCCAGGUGACAGGUGACGACGUGUCGUUGCGAGAACUCGCCCCGGGUCCUGAAGAGAAACCUAGGACCAUGAGGAUGGGCAAGAGGAACAUUAAGGCUCAGGUGAGAAGGUUUCGCAUGGAGACCAAGGCUGCCAAGACGCUGGGUAUCAUCGUCGGUGGGUUCAUCCUUUGCUGGCUGCCAUUCUUCACGAUGUAUCUGGUCCGCGCGUUCUGUCCGAAUUGCAUCCACCCAACCGUGUUCAGCGUGCUCUUCUGGUUAGGCUACUGUAACUCCGCGAUCAACCCGUGCAUCUACGCACUCUUCAGCAAGGACUUCCGGUUCGCGUUCAAGAGGAUCAUCUGCAAAUGCUUUUGCAAGCGGCAGGGCGACGGCACCAGACGCGGCAGCGAUGGAAGUCAACUGACCGUGAGAUCCGAAAAGAUGGCCGCUCUUCCGGUUGCAGGAACGACCGGAGCCCCAGUUACUCAACCCGCGUGCCUCAGCAGGGUGUUUCGAUCGACGACUCGGACCUGGACCCUAGUUCUGAGCCGACGGUGCACUCUCAGAGCGAGUCCAGAUGACUGUAGCAUGCCAGGUGUGGCGCUCAACGCGUCACCUUCAACCCGAAGACCUCCAAGGUGAGGAUACAGUCCUUCUGAAGGACCCAUGGACGACGUCGACGAUCAUCGGCGCCCAUUUGUGCCGCGGAAUCGAGCACAAACGCGUCACGGAUCCGGAGCUGGAACGGUUCCAGCGAGCAACGGAUCGAAACGGUCGAGCUUCUUCGGUGUCUUAUCUCCUUCGAGCAACCAUAAAGACUCGGAUCAGCGCCGAGAGACCCUCCGGCGUCGACGACGAACAAAGACAGAGCGAGAAGAAACGGACUUCGAGCGAAAAUCGCAGUGCGGUUCGGACGAGAUUCGUCGACGACUAAAAUACUCAAGUACCAUUUCUUGGUGUCCCGUGAAGUUCCUGCGCGGCUUCGUUGUCGUUCGAGGCUCCUCGGCGGAACGAGAGGAAGGGAUCGUCGACAGGUUCGGCAAUCCGGUCCAGAGCAGCCUGGAUGACACUUUCCUUGAGCACAAGUCCACUAAGUACGUGUCGAUAUCUAUAUGUACGCAAAAGCUAAUGUUUAAACGCAAAAAAAAACCGAACCGUUUCGCCAGCGGAUCAUCCCCUCGAGAAAUCCUUUGAGCCGUUCGCUUUUGCCGAGCGAGGGGCGGCACCCUCUGGCCCUCCAUCACCGGCCCUGAACUCCAUUGUUUACCCCCAACACCUCUCCACCCCGUAUUGCUUCCGUAGAUUUUUUACCGUUCCUCGUUGGUCACUCGCGAUAAUAACGUUUAAACGCCGCCUUCGAUGUUCGGGGUUCGUGUUCCAGAGACGCUGGUACCGGUUCGAUCGCUAUGAGCUUAUUCGCGACACUGUUGGCAGUCAUUCUACUUUCGUUCAAUCCUCGGUGGUCCAACGACUUCACAGAGUUUUCAAUGUUAGAAAAUAGCAGACCGUUUCCUUAACUCUAGCACGCAGUUUUUCGAGCACUUCUGUUAAUCCGACAAAUAAUAUUUCCAACAAAAGUUUAUAGGUUUCCGGUCGACUACGUGAUAAAAUAUCGAAUUUAAAAGAAAUUAUAUUCCAAUAAAAAAAUCAGCUUCGGUUUUUUAGAUCUUCUCAGGUCGCAACAUUAUUUUGUACAAUUUAUUUAGUUUACGUAUAUCGUUUGUGCUUACAAAUGUUUUUUCUUCGAGUUAUCGUUACAUCGUUUAUUCCGAGUUAUUAAUAAUAACAAUGUUUAUUGUUUUCCUUACGGAUCACAAGUACAUACUGUGUUAUUAUGAACUGCAUUAUCUAGACUUUCAAGAUUCAUCGUAACAGCCGACCCGACAACUUAAUUUCGUAUUUUAUUCUAGAGAUGGAAAAAUUAAAUUAGAAGUAUAGGUGAUGAUUGAGGAUUACCUAUUUAAUGAUUUCAAAUUAAAUAUGAAACAACGUACAUACAUACACUUAUUGCAAGACACAUUUUGCAGGGCACAAUUUUCCAAAAAAAAGAAGGCAGCAUUUUUACUAGACUUGGAUUACAGAUUUACUGCGUUUAUAAGAAAAAUGAAUCUGUGUAAUAUAAAACUAGAAAAUCAUCAGAAGUAUUCGAGGAUGCUCAAUCUAGACACGAACUACCUAUUUCUAAUUGCGGUCUUUUAAUUUCUCCUGUCCGCCAAAAGCUACGUUUACGAGCUCUGCCAACAGAAUGUCUCGCACAGUACCUAAACGAUAAGAUCAACAAUAAAAAUUAUAGACGACGGUGGAAUAUAACGAACGACGACCAUAAGUGGUCGGUAUCAGCGUCUCGACUACAGGACGGCUCGGAAUCUCCGGUCUGCGUUUGUUUGAGGAUUCUGGGACAGCCUGUAGCGUCGGCGGGACACGCGAGACGACAGAAAACUUUUAUGAAUAAGUGUUGUUAUAUCGAUGUAAUUAAACCAAAAAGGGAAAAAAAAUCAAGCGAAUAAACUCGUCGGGAUUUUUGUACGGUCGCGUUCAGACAUUUUUUUUCGAGGCAUUUAUCGAUCGAUGGCGUUGAUCGAACGCGCGACAAUUCGCUGGGGGGCAGAGGGACGUCCGAAAUGGAAACUAAAACCGAGAGCUAUCGAAUCCAGCGCCCGGCCCAUUGUAUUAUGUGAUAUAUCUUCUGCAUACGUAACGAACGAAUGGACAUAAAUAUGCGAAUAAAAUCCAUGAUCGUUGACA